GCCAAAAACAGCUAAAGGAAAAAUACAGUGGAUCUGCCAACAGACGGGAUUAGCGAGAAAAGGCGGUACGUAGUAGAACCAUCCAUUCUCCCCGUAUCAUCCGUUCCUUCCCCUCGUUAGCCAUUGCAUUGCAGGGGUCCCUCCGACUCCACCCUCGCACAGCAUCCCAAAUAUCUCACCCGCCUCAAACGUUCCUUCCACAAACUCCGACGACCACAAUCUCCCGGCACGCCUUCGUGACACUUUAACCAUGGCACCCGAUCUCCCGCGCCAAGAAAUCUUAAAACGUCUCACCGCCGUAAUCUCCUCGCGCCGCCCCAUUGUCGGCGCCGGAGCCGGCAUCGGGCUCUCAGCGAAGUUCGUCGAAGCCGGCGGCGCGGACCUGAUUAUCAUAUACAACUCGGGUCGGUUCCGGAUGGCGGGGCGGGGGUCUCUCGCAGGGCUUAUGGCGUACGGCGACGCGAACGCAAUAGUCGUGGACAUGGCGCGCGAAGUGUUGCCUGUCGUACGAGAUACGCCUGUGUUGGCGGGCGUGUGCGGGACCGAUCCGUUUCGGGAUAUGCGACGGUUUUUGGCCGAGUUGAAAGGGCUUGGGUUCUGCGGCGUGCAGAACUUUCCGACGGUUGGACUUGUGGAUGGGAAUUUUAGGGCGGGGCUGGAGGAGACGGGGAUGGGGUAUGCGCUUGAGGUCGAGAUGAUUCGGGUUGCGCACGAGAUGGACUUUUUUACGGCGCCGUAUGUGUUUGAUGUCGCGGAGGCGGUUAGUAUGGCGGAGGCGGGCGCGGAUAUUGUUGUUGCUCAUAUGGGGUUGACUACGAGUAAGGGUAUCGGCGGGAAGACGGGGAAGACGUUAGAUGAGAGUGUUAAGUUGAUUCAGGAUAUUAGGGAUGCGGUGGUGGAAGUUAGGGAUGACAUCAUCGUGUUGUGUCAUGGAGGACCGAUUGCUGAGGUGCAGGAUGCUGAGUACGUCCUAUCGCGAACGAAAGGUGUGCACGGGUUUUUUGGCGCGAGCAGUAUGGAGCGCAUCCCGGUCGAGAUUGCAAUCACGGAAAAUACGAAGAGGUUUAAGGAUAUCCAUAUACCGAAUUAAUAGGCUGUAUAGGUAUUUUUGGCAACUUUUUCUGAAUAGAUGAAGAAAGCUGUUAGAUUCCUAGAAGCGGUGCUGGUGCUGCACGGAGAUUACAAGGAACGCUACUUAGCCCCACAACCCCCUAUUUUGCUUUUCUUCGAUGCGAGAAGAUCUAACGCAAGCAUUCCACAUCGAAGAUGAUGUUAUGAAGUA